AUAGAAACGAAUUUAACCGAUCACACCCGUUUUGUCCCACAAUGCAGUUCGGUAAACAAAGGUUGACAUUUCAGCAAACGCUCAGCGUCACUUCUGGACGUUUCUGUUAAGUGCAACGGUAUAAUUCAAAAAUAAGAUUUUCUUACUGAGGAUAAAAGAUGUUAGCUGCAAAUCGAUUGGUCCAUGUGAUCAAUCUUCAGCGAAUGGGAUUUGUUAGUGCAUAUGAUGUGCAGAUGCGAUAUGCACGCUAUCAUCUAGAUGAACUUGCCGGAAAACAGGGAGCUCAGGGAUUCAAUGUGAUUCUGUUGGUUGAACAUAACCCUGUUUACACCAUUGGCCUGAGAGACAGAUCUUACACCAAAAAUGAUGAAAUUAAGUUAAGACAGACUGGGGCGGAAUUCCAUCGAACCAACAGAGGUGGUUUGAUCACUUUCCAUGGGCCAGGUCAGCUUGUUGCUUACCCGAUUUUGAAUCUGAAAGACUUUAAGAUUGGCAUGAGGGACUAUGUUUGCAAACUUGAGAAAACCAUGAUUGGAACGUGUGAGUACUUUGGGCUCAAGGCAAGAACAACAGAGAAUACUGGGGUCUGGAUUGAAGACAGGAAAAUUGGAGCCAUAGGAAUCCAUGGCAGUCGGUACAUCACAACCCAUGGGGUGUCACUUAACUGCAACACAGACCUGGCAUGGUUCAAACACAUCGUGCCAUGUGGUAUCGAGGGUAAAGGGGUCACCUCCCUUACCGAGGAGCUUCAAAAAGAUGUCAACAUCGCCAGUACCAUACCUGUUUUCCUUGACACGUUUAGGCAGAAAUUUGACUGUGAGAUUGAAGAACAGUUUUUAUCAAAGCAGGAUUUUGAUAUCUUGCCGACUAAGGAAAAUUUGCUCAAGAUUGAGAAAGAGUAUAGCAAUUCCAUAGAUGAUGUGGAUGGUGAUGUUGAAGAUGAAAAGAACAGGGUUGGUCAGCAAAGGUGCUAAAUUAUAGUCAACUGUGACGUUAUCUACUGAAGAUUGGUUAAUCACGAAAUGAUUUUUCACGAAACAAUCAGCUAGGCAGCAGAUUUAGAACCUAGUGCAAUAUCAGUUUAACAACAUUUUCUUCAAUGAUUAAAUAUUACUUGCACCUCUUUCAAACCUCGCAAAAUUGGCCCUGAGCAAAAAAAGACCCCGGGGAAAAUGAAACAAUAUACAGUCAAUUUAGAAUGAAACUAUAACGUGUCCCUAGGUUUACCAUUGGGGUUUUGUUUCUAAGCCCUUGAUUUUAUGUUUCUAGAUACUCAGUUCAAUACUUGAAUUAUACAUGUAUGUAAAUAUGAUUAUCAAAUUUGUGUGUUUUCCAUUGAAACACAUACACAACACCAUAAUUGUUGUUCUUUAACAGUUGUUUAUAUUGUUACAUGUUAGUAUUAUUAUUGAUGAUUCAAAAAUACAUGUUGAUCCAAAAAUCUACUUUAUUCCAACUUUUUUUAUGUUGUUCUAUUGUAAGUGCUGUAUAUGAUUUCAUUAUGCUUGUUAAUGCCGUUAUCAUUGUGUUAUUUUUUCAUGAUCAUAUAUAUCUUUGUUAUUGACAGUACUAGAUAUAACUAAGCUUUAAAGGGACUCAAUCGUAGAUUUAAAUUUGGCACAUUUUUUCAAAUUUUGUUGAAAUUGAGUUAUUUUUCCUACUUUUAUGAACAAACACCAAAUAGAAACUUGCAGAUACUCUCUGAACAGAAUUUCUUAAUAUAACCAUGCUUCAAAUUCCAUCUUCAAUAGCGUUACUAACACUAUUUGAUAACAUAGAAUUAUAAUUGUUAAAAACAAGGCACAUUUAAAUUUUGGUAAUGUUUUAUCAUUGAAUUAAGCAUAAUUAUUACUUAUUUUGUAUAUCUGAUUCUAUAAAAUGUGAAUGCCUCCAUUAAAAGGGACUAGACACCAGAUGAUACAUAUGCAAGAAAAAAGAAAAUGUCUAAAACUUACAUAAAAUUGACAUCAUUGUGUACAAUCCUUUAAACAUUACUUACUGAUGUAUCACAGCGCUUACGACACAUGAAUCUUUCACAGUUUUUGUGCAUUUUUUCUAUUCAAAAUUUUCUGGGGUUGGGAAACACAGAUGAGACAGCAACAUGAUUGUUGCGUUUAUUAUUUUGAUCAUGUGAUAUGAUGAAUUAUCAGUCUCGCUCGCAUUGACAAUUCUAUGCUUCUUUUGAGGAAAUACUGUAUUUGCUGCUUUUUAGACCAUCUGGGUUGUAGUUACUUUAAUAUAAAUGAGAUAUUAUAUUCAUUGAUGUAACAACUGUGGCCACCAUUCAUGCUUCUCCAUAUGUUGAAACAGAUUUGCAAUAUGAUUAAGAUAAUGCAAGGAAAAUAUGCGAAGACUUUAUUGCUUGUAACAUAAAUAUGUAUCUAAUAUACAUCAAAUUAGUGUAAAAGGUUUGUCUUUAAUUUAAUGUGUCAUCUGGCAUGCAAAUAUUAUUUUUUUGUGUUAAUGACAGUUAAAAACUUAGUAACACAUUUAUUUACAAAAAGAUAAUAUAAGCUUUAAAGUGGCACUCAUAUUUUAAUUCAAUACAUACACAUGUAUAACAAAUUUUGAGUGAUAAACCUUUAACUACUUACUAAAUAAUGCAUUUAUAGAAAAUAUUAAUUACUGAUGACAAGAUUGUAACUGUGUAUAUAAUUGCAGGAAAUGCACAAAUAUAAAAUGACUGUGUCCUAAAAAAUUUACAAUCGUCAGAUCAGUUAUCGUCUCAUAAGGUAGAAAUACCAUGUUAUCUGCACCUUUCUUUUAAUUUAAACACGGUAUCCUUCUUAAGAACCAUUGUUUUCGAUAUUCAUUUAGCCUUUUUGGUAGAUUAAACAAUAAUAUUUAUUUUGGUUCAUCUUAUUUUGGAGUAAGAGUGCAUCUCUAAGUUUUAUUAAAAAAGCAUCUUUAAGAUAUAAGUUAGAAGAAAAGUAAGCAAAAGCAUGGAGCCUUUUCAUCAACUAUCCUUGGAGGCAUUUCACAUCUAGGAUAGAUUUUCAACAGUAACGACUUUUGCAUUGUUAAAAAUCACCCCCAUGUACAAAUUGUUCCAUGAACAUUUGAUGAAAUGAAACUAUUAGUCACAGUUUUCAAAUAAUAGACAAUCUGUUACAUAUCUGUAAUUUCCCCAUGUCCUUUUUACAGUUAUGUAAUGAGCAUGCAUUUGUUAUUGAGCUGUUAUUUUUUAUUAUUAUUUUUUUGUAUCAUAUUGAUACAAGUCUGUCAUUAUAUUAUUGAAUAUUCAAGUCAAGGUCCAUAUAUUGUACAUGUCAAGUUUUACAUAUUAGGUACGAGAGCCUAGAAUCAUGCUUGUACUGUUUGCACAUGGAAUCAGCUUUUCCAGAUUUUAAAAACCCUGAAUUGUGGCAAUGUUGACCCCUAAUCUUCUAUUUCCUUCAAAAUGAAUAAAGUUUCGUAAACUUCAAAAUGCCGUCAGUAAUGGAUGUUAUGGUAUCACUUGACAAAACCGCUUUAUGUGAAUUGCCAGACAGCUCUGAAAUUUAAAUUUAUUGUGAUUGGGUGUGUGUCACUAAUAUGACUGACAGCCAACAACAGGCAAAACUGUGAACCGGUGUGCAGUGUCUCUUUAGUCUUCAAAAGUAACUUCAAACCAGUUUGAAAUGUUGGAUGUGACUGUUCUAGUUUUGGUGGUGAUUAUUAUAACCUUGUUCAGUUCUCAAUUGCAAUGUGAACAUUCUUUUUAGCUGAUUAACAAGCAUGUUUCAAUGCUUAAUUUAUUUUCAAACAGUAGUAUCACGUUGACCUGUUUGAAUCUUGCGCAUUAUUUAGUUUGUCUAUGUUAUUGCUGUGCUGAUGAAUAUUGUAUUUCUGUUACAUUUAAUGGUGAAAGAGGAAUAUCAAUGUCUAUUAAAGCUCCUUUUCACAACGCCAUCCAGGGUUUCACUUUCAUGCCUGUUCUCUCAAAUUCUUGAGUAAUUUUUCAUCCAAUCUUUACCAAACGCAGUCACAAUGUUUAUUGGCAUGAUACCUUACCUGGCUUUGAUCAUCAGUCAGAACGCUUUAUUAAGUAAAGUGUAUUGACCCUUGAAUAGUCAAAAUAUGUCCAAAUUCACUGAGCAUUUCUUAUCCAAUCUUUUCCAAAUUUGGUUACAAUGUUUCUGAGCAUAAUUGUAAGUUUUAUCAAAGCCCAGGUUACAAUAUUUGCUGUGGAGUUAUAGCCCAAAUUUACAAAUUCCCUGUAUAUGCUCUCUUACUUGAGCAUUUUUCAUCCAAUCUUUUCCUAAUUUGGUCAAAAUGUUUCUGAACAUAAUUCCUUGACUGAGAUUGAUCAAUAGCCAGUUCACAUUAUUCACUUAGGAGCUUAUAGCCCUUGAUUAAUCAAAAUUUUACCAAGUUCACUCUUUCCUUGUUUAUACCUGUAGAAUAUCUAAAUAUCCAAUUGUUACCAAACUAGGUUACAAUGUCAAUCAGCAUAAUAUCUCACUAGUUUUAUCAACAGCCAGAUCAAAUUAUUCACUCUAAAGUUAUGGCCCUUGAUGAGUUGAAGUGUCCAAAAAGUUGACCAAAAUUCAUGUUGACAAAUAGCUAACAUGAGCAUUUGUUAUCUUUACUAUCCUGGGUUACAAUACAAUCAGAUAUAUGAGGAAUAGUAGCAUUGUUUUAAAAUAACAUGUUACUUUUUUAGCCUUUGUUAUAAAAUGGUAUUUUAUUUGUAUUGAAAUAUCUGCAUUUACGUUGAAUACGGAUCUGGAGUAAUUGUUGACAAUCAAGCAUGGGUUUUGUCCCCUGUUUUCAUAUUAUUUAUCAAUAAGCUUUUUUUGCCAUGUUUUAAUGUAACUAAACAAAUAUCAUUGGGAACAAACAUGUGCUGUUGUCCUUAUAUAUUAUUUUGAGAAAAUGUGUAACCGAUUUGAAUCUUAAUGUUUGUCUAGUCCAUGUUGUUAGAUAUUUGCCAAUGUGGUAAUGUAAUACAUCGAUGAAAUGUUCUCACAAUUAUGCAUUGUCAUGCUUGUCCUCUGUUUGCUACAUAAAAAAUACCCGCAUACUUAAUGUAGAUAUAAAUUGGUUGUGCUCUUGUUAAUAACAACGCAUUUUCUUUCUGUUUAUGACUAGGUUGUCCUUGUGCUAAAAUAUUCAAGUGCACACAAAGUCAUUAAGAUUGUUUGUUUAUGUUUCAAUAUGUUUUUUUCAGUGCCCAAUAAACAUAAAGAGAU